AUGCACAUGGGAUCUGUACAACUCAGAAUUAUCAAGAAAAAUUUCAGAGAAAUUCACAAACUGCUCAGGUUUUUGACGGGGAAUCCAUGCUCGGAGUACCAAGGAUACCGGGAAUACGUGCUGGUGAUUUUACCUCAGCUGAAAUUCUUGGACGGGAUCGAGAUCACUCGGACGGAAAGAAUGCUUGCAGGGAGCAAAUUCAAAAUAAUUCAAGAUGAGGUUCUCAGGCAAGAACGCGAAUACUUUCGGAAGAAGGAGGAGGACGGAAUGGAUACUAGCAGGCAUUCCUGGGGCCCCGAGAAUCGACUAGAUUCCCGGAAUUACAUGCGAAGUUUGAGGAAGAGAGAGGAAGAAGAGGAGAAAGGAAGGCGAAAGCUGAAGGGAGAAGACGAAGAAGAAAAAAAGGAAGAUCGGAGAGGAAGUCGAAGGUUGAGGGGUGAAGACGGAAGGGUGCUGAAUGUGAAUGAGGCCAGGAUCCCCUUUCACCUGGAGGACGAUAUCUCCAAGGACCGAUUCAUCCUUCGAGUCCCCGUCUACAAGUCUGAAAAAAAACCCACUUUUUUCCACGUCAUCUUUCUUCUCGGGCAGUUUCAGAUGUCAGGAAGGGAUAGAGCAAAACUAUAA